ACACGAUUCCUGUCGCGAUUGGCUGACCUUUGACCUUUGAGUCCGCCCACUGCCAUGGCCGUCUGCCUUGCGUCCCACGCUGUUUUCUCCGCGGAUGAUUCCGCCGUACCUCCUCGUCCUGUCAGGAAGUCCAAGGGACAUGAUGCCGCGUCUGUGUUGCUGAGUCGAGCGUCCCGUCCACUGCAGCAGAGACCAGUGAUCGACGGCGGAAUUGUUGGUUCACGCCCACGGGAAAUAAUGUCAACAAUCCCGACAUUGAUACGCCGCCGACUCAAGCACUGGGCUUCAGCUUCGAGACGUAUGACUUAUGUACUCUACGCUUUGGCAGAAACCGAGUCGUAUCCGAUUUCCCACCGCCAGACGGUGCCCUGCCCAGCAUUACCGAGGCCAAUUCAACACAGACGGAGUCCGAUCCCAGCCAGACAGAAUCGUACCCCAGCAGGAUAGAAGCGCACCUCUUGCAAGAUCCGACAAAAUCAAGUCAUCGUCAUCUUGGAAAUGGCCAUCAAGGACUUUGACUGUGGCAACUAUGGGAGCGGCUACGCGGGCUACUAGAUUCUAGAUAGAUCUCAUCGUUGUUAGGUUUAAGGAUAUACAAAGCUAUACAUUUAGAAAGUAGAUAUUAAUGCUGUCCACUUGUUUAUUUAUUUAU